UGUAAAGCAGUAACCUGUAACUUCUUCAUCUCAAAAACUGUAACAUUCCUUUGCUUUUACUUUAGUAACGUCGCUCCAACCGGAAGUCCCCUUCCUCUGGGCUCCAACUUGCUGAUCGGAGUUAGUUUUCCUGCUGUUGAGUUGGCAGUUUGUGUGCAAAGAUGCUCCGCGCAGCUGUGACCAUGCUCCUGGCUUUAUUCAGCCUCUCCGAGUGCAAACAGAAAGACUUGUACACCUUCAAAGUGGUGAACAGCCGAGGGAAGCUGGUGUCCCUGGAGAAGUACCGCGGUUCGAUGUGCCCAAAGCCCCCGGAGAGACCGCCGCCCGCCCGGGACGGGGGGCCCCGGGCGGGCGACGUGGCACCCGGCCUGCGGAGCCCCGGCAGCCGCUGGAGCCCCGCACGGAUCAGAAAAAAAAUGCCCCAGAGCAGGCAAAGGCAACCAGGCAUAGAUUCACAUGUGUCCCUGGUGGUGAAUGUAGCCAGUGAAUGCGGCUUCACUGAGGAGCACUACAGAGACCUGCAGCAGCUCCAGAGGGACUUCGGCCCGUACCACUUCAACGUCCUGGCCUUCCCCUGCAACCAGUUUGGGCAGCAGGAGCCCGGCAGCGACAAGGACAUCGACAGCUUCGUGCGCAGAGUCUACGGGGCCUCGUUCCCAAUAUUCAGCAAGAUCGCUGUGGUGGGAACUGGGGCCAACAAUGUCUUCAAGUACCUUAGCGAGGAGGCUGGAAAGGAGCCCGACUGGAAUUUCUGGAAGUACCUAAUUGAUGUAAACGGCAAAGUGAUUGAUGCAUGGGGACCAAAAGUUUCUGUCAAGGAAAUCCGACCCAAGAUAGCAGAUAUGGUGCGGCAGAUUAUCCUAAAGAAGAAAGAAGAGCUUUAACCUCGAGUUCUGACAGAAAAAAUGUACAUAAAAUGCAGGAUAAACAGCAGUUUUGUAACUUUUAAUCUGACUUUGGUAUAUUAAAGCACUGAUAGAACACCACUAGGUUUUGAUUUGGUGUCAGGUUUUGUUUCAGGAACAUUUGAAGCAGCCGUUUUAUACCAAAGAACCCACGGUUUGGUGUAUAAUGUUCAUUCUGAUUUGUGGAAUAAACAUUUACUGUGAUUGCUUUGUAUCUGAGUUUAUGUUGUUCUUUUAGAUACAGGUCUACAUAACCACACGAAACCAGACAUCCUACUUUA